AUGUUAAUGCUUUUGAGAAGUACAGAAGAUGAGAACAUGCAAAGAGUUGUUACUGGUGCAAUCGCCAACUUUGCAAUUCACAACGCCAAUACUCCAAAUCCUCAUACUCUAAAGAUGAUUGCUGGAGCGAUUGCAAAUCUAUGUGGAAACGAUAAAUUGCAAAUAAAACUAAGAUCAGAAGUCGGAAUAGCAGCUUUGUUGGGAAUGGCCAAAUAUGAACACCCCGACGUUCUUGCACAAAUUGCUCAUGGAAUCGCAAACUUUGCCCUUUGCGAGACAAGAUCAUCAACCCAAGGAACCAAAAACGGUAAAUCGCUAUUAAUAGAAGACGGGGCGCUAUCUUGGAUCGUACAAAAUGCCAAAACAGAAACCUCAGCCACGAGGCGACAUAUUGAACUAGCACUCUGCUAUUUGGGGAAGCACGAAGCGAAUGCGAAAGAGAUGGUGAAGGAAGGAGCACUGUGGGAGCUGGUGAGGAUUUCAAGAGAUUUUUCAAGCGAAGACAUAAGAAGUCUUGCUCAUAAGACUCUUACUUCAAAUCUCAGCUUCCUCACUGAACUAAAAGAGGCAGAGGCAGAGGCACAUCAACAAUACGUUGUGGAAGCCGAUGUCCUUACCUCCUUGCUAAUGCUUCUGAGUAAUACGAGAGAUGAGAACCUUCACAAAUUUGCUGCUAGUGCAAUAUCCAUCCUUGCAAUGAACAUAACCAACCAGGAGCUGAUCACGGAUCAAGGAGGUAUCGGAUUAUUGUCAUCAACAGCAGCCACUGCUAAAGAUCCUCAGACCCUCAAGAUGGUUGCUAUAGCAAUUGCAAAUCUUUGUGGAAAAGAUAAAUUACAAACAAAACUACUAUCAGAAGGCGGGAUUGCAGCUUUGUUGGGAAUGGUUAAAUGUGGAAAUCUUGAGGUUCAAGCACAAGUUGCUCGUGGAAUCGCAAACUUUGCGUUUUGCGAGACAAGAGCAUUGAACCAAGGAACUAAAAUAGAUAAAUCAAUCUUAUUAAAAGACGAUUUGCUCUCCUGGAUUGUACACAACGCAAAAACCGCGUGCUCAACAAUCGGACAGUAUAUGGAACUAGCUCUCUGCCACUUUGCACAACACGAAGGGAAUGCGAAGGAGAUGGUGAAGGAAGGAGCAAUAUGGGAGCUAGUGAAGAUCUCAAGAGACGGCUCGAGAGAAGACAUAAGAAGUCUUGCUCAUAGGACUCUCACUUCAAAGGCAAAUCUAAAGAAAAUUAUGGAAAGAAGUUUCACCUCGAUGUUAAUAUAUCUGAGAAAUACUAAAGAUGAGACGGUUCAGAAAGAUGUUGCUUUUCUAAUCGCCAACUUUGCACUAAGCAAGACGUACCAAGAACAGAUCAUGGAUAAGGGGUGCAUCAGUUUGCUAUGGUCGGCAGCAGCUACUGCACAAGAUCCUCAAACCUUAACCAUGUUCGCCAAAGCCAUUGCCAAUUUGUGUGGAAAUGGUAACUACUAG